CUUGCGGUUUGACUUUGCCGACAAAGAUAAGACGUCGGAGGAGGCCGAACAAACAAACGCACACCCUCCCUGAUUUGACCUGUUGUUGCCUCUCUCAUCCUCAUCACCCUCGGCGCUCUUUGGAUGUCCCCUUCGAUGAUUUCUUCCCCUCUCUAACAGAUAGAUUUACUCCGGACCAUCUCCUGACAAGUAACGCGGAUAGACAGGAAGAGAAAGCAGGAUCCAGUCGCCGGCUUGGUUCGAUCCGUCUUCCCCGAGAACCAAUGAUUGAAGAUGGAGUAUUAUCGUUUACUGUGGAUGAGGCACUCUUGUCCAUUGAAUUUGGGAAAUUCCAGACCUUUGUGCUUUGCUAUGCCGGAAUGGGCUGGAUCUCGGAAGCAAUGGAGAUGAUGCUCCUUUCAUUUGUGGGACCAGCUGUUCAGUUGGAAUGGGAGCUUUCAUCUCAGCAGGAGAGCUUGAUUACCAGUGUAGUUUUCGUAGGCAUGCUCCUGGGUGCUUACUCUUGGGGCAUAGUUUCAGACAUCUAUGGCAGGAGGAUGGGUUUCCUUUUUACGGCCCUAAUAACAAGUGUAGCUGGUUUUCUCAGUUCUUUUGCUCCCAAUUAUUGGUCUCUAAUUUUUCUACGGUUUAUCGUUGGUAUUGGCUUGGGAGGUGGGCCUGUGCUUGCUUCUUGGUUUCUGGAGUUCAUUCCUUCUCCACACAGAGGUAAAUGGAUGGUUAUCUUUUCGGCCUUUUGGACCAUCGGCACAAUUUUUGAGGCUUCGCUUGCAUGGGCUAUUAUGCCCAGAUUCGGCUGGAGAUGGUUGCUAGCUUCCUCAUCCUUGCCAUCAUUUCUGUUGCUCCUAUUUUAUGCUGCUACACCUGAGUCACCAAGAUAUCUCUGCAUGAGAGGCCGAAUAACUGAUGCUAUGCAGAUUUUAGAACAGAUGGCCAGAGCAAACCAUAAGGCACUGCCUUCUGGCAUACUUGUUUCGGAAAGCCAACUUGAGCUCGAUGAGAAAUCCGAUCAUUCUGAAGCUGCACAUUUAGUUGGAAACGGGUGGAUCAAGAGCUCUGACGAGGAUAUGAAUAUGAAAGCAAGCUGCGUUAGUACUCUAAGAAGGCUUCUAUCACCAAAAUUAAUCAGAUCAACUCUUCUUCUAUGGAUGGUGUUCUUUGGUAAUGCAUUUUCCUAUUAUGGCAUUGUGCUGCUGACAUCUGAAUUAAGUAACGGAAAGAGGGCAUGCACAGUAAAAAGUUCACAACCAAGUCAAUCGAAUGAUGACAGCCUCUAUAAAGAUGUGUUUGUCACUAGCUUUGCAGAGGUUCCUGGGCUCAUUAUAUCAGCCGCAAUCGUGGAUAGGAUUGGUCGCAAGCUCUCUAUGUCAUCUAUGCUUUUCAUAAGCUGUGUGUUCUUAAUUCCACUGGUAUUUCCUCGGACAGGAGAAGUAACAACAGGCCUUCUAUUUUGUGCACGGAUUAGUAUCUCAGCAAGUUUCACAAUUAUCUACAUCUAUGCUCCAGAGAUAUAUCCAACCUCGGUCAGGGCCUCUGGCAUCGGCAUCGCUAGUUCGGUGGGAAGAAUAGGCGGGAUAACUUGCCCGCUCGUGGCCGUUGGCCUGGUGCAUGGCUGCCAUCAAUCUGCAGCGGUUCUUCUAUUUGAACUUGUAAUUUUCCUUUCAGGAAUUGCGGUGUGUUUAUUUCCUCUCGAAACCAGCGGCCGCGACCUGACUGAUUCUGUAUAGGAUUAGGAAGAGAAAUGAAUGUUCAUCACAUUGAUUCUUAGAUGACAAUAUCAUACGUAUUAUAUGACAAUUUCAUAGUACGAUUUGUGAAUCAGUAACUGAUUCUUUA